CAAAGAGCGCUCCUCGUCACGAAUCAAACUACAAAUCGGUCACGACCAAAACCCUGAUUCUUGUUCCACAUCACAUCUACUCUACACUAGAGAACAGGAGAGCAGAGAGAUCGAAUUUGAGGUUUCUGUAUUGAUUGAGAAGGAUUCAGACCCCCUCCCCUCAUCGUGAAUGUUGAAUUAACUUUUCUGGCAGCUCCGAAGCCGGAUUAAACUGAAAUGGCUUCCCCACUAAUCGCGGGACUUACUAUUGCUGCUGCUGCACUAGCUGGUAGAUAUAGCAUUCAGGCUUGGCAAGCAUUCAAGUCGAGGCCACCUACUGCAAGAAUGCGUAAAUUCUAUGAAGGGGGUUUCCAGCCAAAAAUGACAAGGAGGGAGGCAGCACUUAUUCUUGGUGUUAGGGAAAGCACUCCACCUGAUAAGAUAAGAGAAGCACACAGGAGGGUGAUGGUAGCCAACCACCCGGAUGCAGGUGGGAGUCACUACCUGGCUUCCAAAAUCAAUGAAGCUAAAGACAUACUGCUUGGAAAGGCCAAGAGCAGCGAUUCUGCCUUCUAACCACAUUCACCAAUGAUGGAACCAAACCAAAUUUCUUGCUUAUCCAUAAACAAUUAUAAUCAGCAGCAUCAUUUGGGGAGGAGGGCAAGGCAAUGCCAUUCUUCUAUUAAUUCUACUUGGCACAUAUACCUACCACUGUAGUGUACAUACAUAUUUGUGGAGAACCACAUUUUAGCUGAAAUAAUGGUGGGUUUUUUUUUUUUUUGUAUGUACUGUUUCAAUGAGGAAAGGAAAGGACGGGACUGGACAA